AUGUCAACGCUCUUCCCCAUAACCUGUGCUAUUGAUGACAUCUGUCUGCAGUAUGCCUUGCAACUCAAUCCCGAAGACUGGGGCGCGAGCGCCCUGCAUGCAGGCACGCCAGAACCAGAUGAUUACCUUCACACUCCGGACCCAAAGCGUGAUCUUAAGAGUGACAAGGGAGGUCACAUUUUCACUGCGCGAGGGAUUGCGAACCUGGGAUGCCUAUUUUUCUUAGUCCAGCUGAUAUGGUCGGGUGAAGUGUUUCCCAUCUACAGUCACCUAUCCAGGAAGAAACCAACUCCUCAAGGUGGAUUCAAUCUUGGCGGCACCAAUGCAACGGGGCAGAUUCCAUCUAUGCCUGGCAACCGUGGCGUCAUAGACGUCGAUACUCCGAAGGAAGCCUACACCAAGGCAUCGUACAUGAACCCAAACGAUAUGUGGGACCUCGUUUUCUCUGACGAGUUUCAGGUUGAAGGACGGUCAUUUUAUCCUGGAGACGAUCCAUACUGGGAAGCUCCAAGCCUGCACUACUGGGGCACGAAUGAUUUGGAAUGGUACGAUCCCAGCCAAGUAACAACGAAAGGAGGCGCAUUGCAACUCACGUUGGCAAAGGCCGAUCCUGCUUCAAACCACAAUCUUACAUAUAAGUCGGCCAUGGUCCAAACAUGGAAUAAAUUCUGUUUCACAGGCGGCCUCAUCGAGACUUCUGUUAUUCUACCGGGAUCCAACAAUGUCCAUGGUCUUUGGCCUGCUGUCUGGACAAUGGGAAAUCUAGGUCGUGCAGGCUUCGGGGCUACUUUAGAAGGAUUGUGGCCAUAUUCAUACGACAGUUGUGACGUCGGCACAUUGCCGAAUCAAACUUAUCCGGGGACAUCCAAGCCGCUCGCCGCUCUUCAAAAUGGUGAUCCUUCUCAUGGUGACGUCUUGUCAUUUUUGCCUGGUCAACGGCUGUCUGCCUGUACUUGCCCUGGUGAAUCACACCCCGGUCCAGUCCGUGCAAAUGGCGAUUAUGUCGGUCGUUCCGCGCCGGAGAUCGAUAUCUUUGAAGCGACGGUCGAUAGUGGGAUUGGCAAGGUUUCUCAAUCAGUACAAUGGGCUCCAUUCAACGCGGGAUACAUAUGGCUGAACACCUCCGACAAUUUGAAGAUUUAUGAUUCAGACAUCACUGUCCUAAACCCUUACCACGGAGGGGCGUAUCAACAGACUACUAGUGGUCUUUCGCUUACGGACCAAGAUUGCUAUGAGCUUGACAAGGGUUGCUACAGCAUCUAUGGGUUUGAAUACAAACCGGGGUUCGACGCCGGAUACAUCACUUGGAUCAGUAGCGGCGAGGCCGUCUGGACAAUUUACUCUGGUGGACUUGGACCCGAUACUGAGACCGAGAUUGGUGCCCGUCUCAUUUCUCAGGAGCCCAUGUAUAUCAUUGCCAACCUUGGAUUUUCACUCAAUUUCGGAGGGAUUGAUUUCGAGAACCUCCAGUUCCCUGCGACCAUGUUGAUUGAUUAUAUUCGCGUUUAUCAGCCUUCAAAUGCGCACAAUAUUGGGUGUGAUCCCCCGGAAUUCCCGACCGCCACUUACAUCGAGACAUACAAGGAAGCUUAUACUAACUUUAAUCUCACUGGGUGGAGCUCCCCCAGCUUUAAUCAGACAGUACCUAAGAAUAGAUUGAACGGAGGGUGCUGA